AUGGAAACAUAUUUCGGUUACGUUAAAACACCUCAAGAUGCUAUUUUAUUAUUUGAAGCUUGUAGAAUGGGUAUUUUAUCUCGUAUACAGAGAAGAUUAAGUGAAAAAGAAAGAUCGUCAAUUCGUUCUGGAUCAGUAUUUGUUUGGGAUGAACGUGAAGCUGGUAUGAGAAGAUGGACAGAUGGUAAAAGUUGGUCAGCUAGUAGAGUUAGUGGUAGCUUUUUAACUUAUAGAGAAUUAGAAUCAAAACGUAAAUCAAAUUCCAGAGGUAGUAAUAAUCCUCAUGAUUUAUCAAGUGAAGAUACUGAUUCAAGUGAAUCUUAUCAUUCUUCAAAUAAAAAAUCAUCAUCAAUAUCUUCUUCAGCCACAGAACAAUGUAGAUAUAAACAUGGUGGUCUCGUUAAACAAUCUUUUAGUAUAACAACCACAUCUCAUCAAAAACUUCAUUUGAUAUGUUAUUAUACUAAAGCUGAUGUUAUUAAUGAAAAACUUCAAAUCCCAACUCAUGAUGAAAAACUUAAAAUUAUUCAUAUACCUAAAGGAAUUCAUUCCGGUUUUAAUGUUAAUAAUGAUCCCAUGGAAAGAUCAAUUUCACCUAUUCCAUUUCCUUGGCAAAUUCAAUCUCAUAAUUCACAUCAACAACAACAUCAUCGUUUAUCUGCCGAACCAAUGCAAUUUGAUUCUCAUUCCCCUUGCUCUACUCCUUCUUUCUCUUCAUCCCCUUCAACUACCGAAGAAGAUUUACCUAAUUUUUAUGGUAGACAUAGUUAUCUUCAACAUCAUGCUGGAAGUAGUGGAUUUGGAAAUGGAACUCAACCUAUUAAUAUUCCAGCUCAAAGAUAUACUUUUCCACCACCUCAAUUCUCAUUUCCAGCUUCAUAUCCUCCACAUUCACAAUCUGGUGGUGUUCAAUUACCACCUCAAGAUAUUCCAUGGGAAAAGGUUGAUAAAAUAAAUACUGAAGAUCAAAGGCAACUGAAUGCAAUUUAUACCACUUUGAAACUUUAA